UACAACCGCAGGGGGCAUCGGGAUUGAUAGGGAUGUUUCCAUCAUGGCGGCAUCCAUUUCAGGUUAUACUUUUAGUUCUGUGUGUUAUCACAGCGCCAACAGCAACUCAGAUCAUGAGGGCUUCCUAUUAGGAGAGGUAAGGCAAGAAGAGACUGUCAGCAUCAGUGACACACAGAUCAGCAGUGCAGAAUUGCUCCAAGUAGUAGAAAUCCAUAACCAUGAUCCUUGUGCACAGUUGUUUAGCUUUUAUGACUACGCAGGCAAAAUCAAUGAAGAAACUCUCAACAGCAUUCUUAAAGAUAGGCGGAAAAACGUCAUUGGUUGGUACCGGUUCCGGAGGAACACGCAACAGCAGAUGUCGUUCAGGGAACAGAUCAUCCACAAACAGCUGACUCAGCUGCUUGGUGUGCCCGACCUUGUCUUCCUUCUUUUCAGCUUCAUCUCCACCGCCAACAGCUCCACGCACGCACUGGAGUAUGUGCUCUUCAGGCCUAACAGCAGUAGGUACAACCAGAGGAUCACCCUCACAAUCCCAAAUCUUGGCAACACAAGCCAGCAGGAAUACAAAGUCUCCUCAGUGCCCAACACCUCACUCAACUACACCCAGGUCAUCAAAGAGCAUGGGGCGGAGUUCUUUGACAAAGAUGGUGUGAUGAAGGAUAUCCGAACAAUAUUCCAAGUCUACAGUGCACUACAAGAUAAAGUGCAGGCUGUGUGUGCGGAGGUAGAACAAAGCGAACGUGUGAAGGAAAAAAAUCAAGAGGAUGUGAACAAACUUAAACAACAAAUCGCUCUCAGGAAACGCAAGACGGCAGAAGAAGAGAGAAGGCUCCGUGAGGCCCAAAAUGCCGACUCCCAUUCCACUCCGGAGGAGAACACAGAACCUUCUGAGACGUCCCCUCUGUCCAGGAUAACUUUCCACACACCCUCUGCUCCGGAGCGGCCCAGUACCUCACCUAACCCCCCAUCGUAUGCUGACCUCUUGUCCCAGGAUGACUCUCUGCUCUCCUCUUCUUCCCCACCUACUAGUGCUGCUCUACUGCCCCGGCCCCAAGCUGUGGGCUCUCCGGGACACCCUACCCCUAGCCCACUGGGGAUGGGCCUCGGGCUCGGCCUGGGCGCAAGCUCUAAUCCUGUCACCACUCCCAGCACCCCGUACCUUGGCAAUGGUGACGGAUCAAGCUCUGACUCGUUAGACAGACAAGCUGCAGGGCAGGAAGACGAUGAAGACGACGAUGACGAGGAAGACGAAGACGAGGACAGUAGCGAAUAUGAGAACUUAGUGAGCGAAGCCGCUCAUCUGCCAUUGGUCUCUGCCAGCGUUUUAGCGCAAGGCCGACCAGCUGCCCUUAGUCCUGACGGGGACGCUCGUGGCUCACAGACCACAUAGAAACACUCAGGGUGUGUAUGGGACACGAAUAAGUGACGCACCUUGAGAUUUGGGCAUCUCAAGCAAUCAAAGAUAGACAAAUAUAGACAAAAGAAGUGCCAGUCCUGAAAGUGAAAGGCAUGCACAGGUGGUGUCUCGCUGUGAGUAUUUCUUCCUGUCUUAGACUGAUCUCCAUUUUAAGGGGAAACAUUGCUAGGCUUUGCAGGCUUAACAGGUGUGUCUCACUGGGGGGAAAAAGUCGUCUGUUUUCAUUUUCUUUCUUUUUGGAAUGGGGUCGGUCUGGGUACUUCAGUGUAGAUGUGUCUGGUUUCAGAGUCGGAAGUGAACGUUGCAACAAAAUUUAUGCCAACUGGUUGGCAAGCUGGCUCCCUAGGAGAUAGGCCCUUCUCAAUGCUUUCCUUUUCUUUUUGUUUCACGUUUGCAUCACCAACUCUGAGCACCCACACCUGCAUUACCUCUUGCACUAUUAUUUUUUCGGCCUUCUCUUAAACAAACCAUCUAAGAAAAGUAAUGGGGAAAAUGUCCUGCAGCCUUCAAACAAUUUUUAAAAUGAAGUCGGCAAAUGGUAACUUUAUUUUUUAAUUUGAAGAUAGAGAUGUAUAUGUAAGUAGAAUUUCUUUAACAUGCACAUUGAUUUUGGACAUUUUAUUUUCCAUGUUCCACAGUCUUAAAUUAAUUAAGUUAGUUGCCUAUUUGAAUGGUAGAUUUCGAACAAAAUUUACUCUGCCACUUCUAUAAUGGGUGCUUUAUAUAUACAUAAAUAUAUAUAUAUAUUUUGUCUGAUUGACAGUAAAUCUAAUUUGAUUGACAAGAAUGUCGAUGUCUUGCUCCUCUUGGAUAACACUGAAAUUGUAUGCGCUUUGCUGCACUUAACAAAAUUUAAGAUUUCUUUAUUAUUGUGCUAUACCAAUGCUGUCAUGUUGUGCCACUUGAGUAGUCCUCUUUGACCACCCUGAGCCGAACUCAGCUCAGCUUUUGUGCGUUGUAUGGGGUUCACAGGGCAAACACAAUGUACUGUAGCUUUACUAACCAGAUGCUUAAGGUUCCCUUUCUGCUGCUGCAACAUAGAGAGCUACCACUAAAAAAAAAAAACUGCAUCUGUCUGUUCUUCUUCACAUAAAAACCUGGCUGCUACUUCUUCUUUACAGUGCUGGUUGUCUUCAAUACUACUGACCGUGAUCAUAUAACCACUUCAAGCUCACUUCUCACUGACUUGUUCUCUAUUAAAGUCCUAAUGGAAGGCUGAUACCCCCUGUAGUGUGUGAAUUGUAACUUUGGGAACAGAGAGCGAGCGAUCACCUUCCUGUCUUGGCAUAGUUGACAGCAGACCUCAUGUAUUCUGACCUGGUUGGGUCAAUGUUACGUGUAUGGACCUGGAUAAUGUGAUAAAAACAACAUGACCUUGCUUCAGUAUACAGUGCCUUCCACUCAGGGCAGUUUCUGUCUGCACACAGAACACAUUCACAGAUCUUUCUUGAGGGGUAAAGUUAUAAAAAAUGGUGUUGUGUUUGCAAUAAUGGACUUCCAGCUUCUUUUUUCCCCCUGCAGUUAUAUGCCUCUCUUUCCAUGAUGCGUUUUGUCUACCUGAAACAAUCUUCACUGCUUCCUAAAGCUGUUUUUCCCUUUUUUACUUUCACUGACGACUUCUAAGUGGACCUUGAGAUAUCAUGGUUGCAGCUGUGACUUUGCUUGCUUUAUUAUUUGAAACUGGAAUUAUAACUGUAAGUCAGAGGGAAUCUGCUCUUGGUAACUGACACUUCCUUCAAGGCAGAGUUGGUGAUCAUGAAUGACAUGCAGAUGACAUUUUUUUUUUAAAACAUCUGGCCCUUUUGAAGACGACGAGUAACAAAGUGUGGAUUGAUUGAUGUAGGACACCCUCCUUGCAUGAACUGGUCAAUUCUAGACACUGUUAUAUUCAGCAUGGACAGGCAUUUGCACUGUGCAUGGAGGACGUCUAACAUAGAGAUCAGCACUCCGUUUGGGAAUGAAGACAUUUUGUGGUGGGAGAAGCUUUGCCUUGUGAACAAGCUCUGCUUUAUUUACACAGCCUGUUUUGUAUGUCAUGUUUUUUGCCUUAGGGUCAUUUCAUUUGCCCUGAUGUGUAAUGCCAAUGCAUCACUUAUCGGGAACUGGCACUGAAAAUGUUACUUAAUAAUCACCCAGAGUAACACAAUCACACAAUGUUAAAAGAAAUGACAAAAAUCAAUUUGUUAGGAGUAUGGUUUCCUUUGACUACUGGAAUAUAUUAAGGAAAUAUAUAAUGAAUGUAUAGUAGAC